AUGGACUGGUUCCACUGUAACCAGUGCUUCACAAGGAGAGGGUCGAGGUUUGCUGUGUCCAGCUGUGGCCACAUCUGCUGUGAAGCAUGCAUUAAAUCUAAGCAGUGCAGUGUAUGCGGGUCCAGCUGCAGUUACUUGCCCAUCACAGAUGAGAUGAAGCCACAGGAAAAGGUGUUUUUCAAGGACCCCGUGAAGCUCAUCCAGUCAAGGCUGGAGCACAUUUUAAAGAUUACACUUUUUCAGCGGACACAGACGGAGAGAGUCACGGCGCACUUCAAGCAUAAAUCUGUUGAACUGGAGAGGCGUCUGAAGGAUGUCACUGAGCAGGGUUACAGGCAACUCUCUGAGCUGAAAAGAGAGAACGCUGACUUAAAAAAGCAGCUUUCCGAGCUGAAAAGAGAGACUGCUGAUUUGAAAAAGCCACUUUCUCAGCGAAGGGUUUCUCCAGGACAGUUUCAUACAAAUGGAACUCAACGGAUGUCACUCCCUGUGGCUGUCACCUCUCCAGUUACCCCUCGUUCAAGAACCAUGAGUUACUUUGGUUCAGCCGAGUCUCAAGGGUUGGCCAGAGACAGAGGUCCCAGUCUGUCCUCCCUCACAACUCCUGGAUCAGCUACCUCUAUUUCGAGCCACAGUUCUCUUCAUGAAUAUGUACACAGAACACACACAUCCUUUAGCACUCCUACAAGAACUCAACGCCAGACACCUAAUGUUUUCCCGUUCCAGUUUAUGAAUGGAUUAUCAAUACAUUCACCCAGACGUUAA